CAAUCACCUAAAAGGCUCAGGUCCUAAAUCCAUCACAUUUAGCUUCCCUUAUAUGAGGUAUAUGCAUUUAGUAUCAAUUUGAAUUAAUAUGCAUUACGUUUUUCCCACAGUUCAAUCCUUCAUCUUCUCUUUCUCAUGGUGAUCCUGGCUACAACUCUUAUCCAUCCAUCAGUGACAGAGUUCAUGUUCUGGUUCACAUUUAUUCUGCUAAUGCAUCACAAAUGAAGUCGGCCGUUUUGCAGAAAAUUAAGGAAAUCAGAGAGACAGCCAGUGAGCUGGGAAUCCCUCAGCUGGUGAUUCUCACCCACAUUGAUGAAGCCUGUGGUGAAACAAAGAAAAAUCUGAGACACGUCUACAGGAGCAAAUAUUUAAAGAAAAAGAUGACUGACUUGAKCUCCAGUCUGGCAAUCCCAAUGAACCACAUCCUCCUAGUGAAGAACUACAGUCAUGAAAUUCAACUGGAUCCAGACGUCGACGCUCUGAUCYUGAGUGCUCUGAGGCUGAUGAUUGAAUUUGGAGGCAACUACACUAAAAACAGUGGUGUUUUAGUUCCAGUCAUGAGGGGCGAUGCUUCAGGUCCACUGUUAGGAACUCCAUGGAGAGAAAUAUCCUGGGG